GCCGUUCGGCUCUAAUUAACUGUUUUAAAACUUGGGAGGGCCCUCCUGGCGGAUUUGGAAACGUGAAGGGCUUCCUAAACUACCUGUGGGCGCAGGUUGCGAUUCUUUAAAGGCGGCAAAGCUGAGAGCUCCAGGAAAAAAUUGACAUGUCUAGAUUCUCUGUUGAAAAUAUUAGAAAUUUCAGUAUCAUUGCACAUGUGGAUCAUGGCAAAAGUACUUUAGCUGACAGGCUCCUGGAACUAACAGGCACAAUUGAUAAAACAAAAAAUAAUAAGCAGGUUCUUGACAAAUUGCAAGUGGAGCGAGAAAGAGGAAUCACUGUUAAAGCACAGACAGCAUCUCUUUUCUAUAAUUGGGAAGGGAAGCAGUACCUUUUAAAUCUCAUUGAUACACCGGGCCAUGUGGAUUUUAGUUAUGAAGUAUCCAGGUCCCUCUCUGCAUGCCAGGGUGUUUUACUUGUGGUUGAUGCAAAUGAGGGUAUUCAAGCCCAAACUGUAGCAAACUUCUUUCUUGCCUUUGAAGCACAGCUAUCGGUAAUUCCAGUUAUAAACAAGAUCGAUCUGAAGAAUGCUGAUCCUGAAAGGGUUGAAAAACAAAUUGAAAAAGUGUUUGAUAUUCCAAGUGAUGAAUGUAUUAAGAUUUCUGCUAAACUUGGAACAAAUGUUGAAAGAGUUCUUCAGGCAGUCAUUGAAAGAAUACCUCCUCCCAAAGUACAUCGCAAAAACCCCCUGAGAGCUUUGGUAUUUGACUCCACCUUUGACCAGUAUAGGGGCGUGAUAGCCAAUGUAGCGUUAUUUGAUGGAGUGGUUUCCAAAGGAGAUAAAAUUGUAUCUGCACAUACUAAAAAGAUACAUGAAGUUAAUGAAGUAGGAGUUCUGAAUCCUAAUGAGCAGCCAGCACAUAAACUAUAUGCAGGACAGGUGGGCUAUCUGAUUGCUGGGAUGAAAGAUGUCACUGAAGCACAAAUAGGAGAUACAUUGUAUUUACAUAAACAACCAGUGGAGCCCUUGCCUGGGUUUAAAUCAGCGAAACCAAUGGUAUUUGCAGGAAUGUACCCUAUAGACCAAUCUGAAUAUAAUAAUCUGAAGAGUGCUAUAGAAAAACUGACUAUAAAUGAUUCCAGUGUCACGGUUCAUCGAGAUAGUAGCCUUGCCUUAGGUGCUGGCUGGAGGUUGGGAUUUCUUGGACUUUUGCACAUGGAAGUUUUCAACCAGCGACUAGAACAAGAAUAUAAUGCUUCUGUAAUUUUGACAACCCCUACUGUUCCAUAUAAAGCUGUUCUUUCAUCAGCAAAAUUGAUAAAGGAAUACAGAGAAAAGGAAAUUACAAUCAUCAAUCCUGCACAAUUCCCUGAAAAAUCAAAAGUAACAGAAUAUUUGGAGCCAGUUGUUUUGGGUACCAUUAUCACACCAGAUGAAUAUACUGGGAAAGUAAUGAUGCUUUGCCAGGCUCGAAGAGCAGUUCAGAAGAAUAUGAUAUUUAUUGAUCAAAAUAGAGUUAUGCUUAAAUAUCUUUUCCCUUUGAAUGAAAUUGUGGUGGAUUUUUAUGAUUCUUUGAAAUCCCUGUCUUCUGGAUAUGCUAGUUUUGAUUAUGAAGAUGCAGGCUACCAGACUGCAGAACUUGUAAAAAUGGAUAUUCUGCUGAACGGAAAUAUUGUAGAGGAGCUGGUAACUAUUGUUCACAAAGACAAAGCACACUCUGUUGGCAAAGCCGUAUGUGAACGUCUGAAGGAUUCUCUUCCUAGGCAACUGUUUGAGAUAGCAAUUCAAGCUGCUAUUGGAAGUAAAAUUAUUGCAAGAGAAACUGUGAAAGCCUAUAGGAAAAAUGUUUUGGCAAAAUGUUAUGGUGGUGAUAUUACCCGAAAAAUGAAACUUUUGAAGAGACAAGCAGAAGGAAAGAAAAAACUGAGGAAAGUUGGCAACAUUGAAGUUCCAAGAGAUGCUUUUAUAAAAGUUCUAAAGACACAAUCUGAUAAGUAAUUGUUGGAAAAAAAAUAUAAUGAAUUUUGAUAAAUUAAAA